AUGACGUCCGUGGCAUCUUCAGGCACCUCGCCGAGGUCUGGCUAUGACUCACUACAUGGUGACUUCCUCGCCGACGAUGAGUCGUGGGCCUUUAUCGACCAAACCGCGGCCUCGAGCGCUGGCUCCGUGGGCUUCUUCCCCAGCCCGGAGUCCGGCAGCCUGCGGUCCUACGGCCUUGUUGCUCAUCAGAAUCAACUCCAACCGUCGCCGCCUGCGCCCUCGCCUCUGCAGCUGGAUCAGGAUGUCAUCCACCACCAGCAGCAACAUCGGCAGCAACAUCAGCAGCCGCAGCUUGCGGGCCACGUCUUCGGCAGCGAUGCCGGCAUGUUUUCAGAACAGCACCUGCCUCAAUCGUACCGAGACGACAGCGGCCCCGUGAUGGACCCCAAUUCGUUCCCUGAGCAUCCAAAUCUCAUCGAGCAGAUGACGCUCGCUGAUCAGCUGCCGUUUCUGUCCAAUAUCGACACUCUGAACGGCCAUCUUGGAACCCAGGGCAUUAUGGCGGGCAACUUUAUUCAGGCUCACUUUGACGGAACAAACGACCUUGUAUUUGGUGACCAUGAACCGAUACGUAAGUACAGCCUCAUGAUAAUGGAGUACGUCGAACCGGCCAACCCCCAACUGACGUGGGUAAACCCAGACUUUGAUUCGUAUGGAAAUCCCUUUCUCGGACUCGGCUCAGCUAGGGCUGUGCCGGGAACAGGAGUGCAGUCGCCCGCGAGCCUGGGCCAGCAUACAUCGCCUCACCAGUCGUCAUUGGGCAUACCAUCCACCAUGCAAUCCGACGCCAACGCUGCGCCGUGGGAUCCGUCGGCAGCUAUGCUGCCCAAGCAGGAUCAGGGUCAGGGCUUGUCCCUGGAGGACUUCAUGUCCUCGUCUUCUCCCGGGGCUCCCGCGACGCCGCUGUCAUCGCAGAGCCCCGCCCAGUCGGCCAGCCCCAUGUCGCCUGAAGUCAAGCAGGAACCUGGCACGACGAGAAGGAGUUCCGGGACGACAACGACGGCCCCAAAGACUAUCAGGAAGAUCAAGGGCGGCGCGCGGGUGGAGAAGAAGAAGUCUCCGUCCGAAACCGCCGUCAGCGGCAGUCUGAGCAGCAGCGCCGGGACUACAGCGUCCGGCUCGUACAAGUUCAUCACCAUGACCUCCACUGCGGCUGCCGCGCAGGCUGGCAAGCCUCACAUCUUUGAGUGUUUUGAGCGCAUGACGCAAAGGGGAAGAAAAGGUCCGCUGCCAAACGAGACCAAGAAGAACGCGCAGAUUGUUCGUCGGGUCGGAGCUUGCUUCUGUUGCCAUGCGCGCAAAGUCAAGUGCGAUGCGGAACGGCCGUGCAAGAACUGCAAAAAGUUGACGGUGCAGAUUCCCCAGAUUGUCUGCUGGCAGUUUGGAGACUUCUUGAAUAUCCUAUUUCCGGACCUCAUCAGGGGCCACUUUCGAAAGGACCAGAUGGCAAAGUUCAUCGCGGAUAACGUCAAGGAGUUCAAGAUUGGCGGCUCGGAAAGGCAAUGCACUGUCGAGCUCAGCUCGGGCACGCGGCUUGCCUCCAUCCUCAUUAUCCCCGCCAAGGCCUUCAGCCCCAAGGAUCCCGAUAUCCUGCAGCACUGGCGGCAGGACAACGAACAAGACGGCACGGUGCGGCUAUCGCACGGCGUCGCCGCGCCCAUCGGCCUCGAUGUGGAAGGCUCGGCCGGGGCCAGCGCUCAGAGGGAAGAGCUCCGCAAGAUUGCCAAGGAGUACAUCCAGUCCAUCAUCCGAGAGCCGUGCUUCGCCGACGAGAUGACUGCGUCGAUCCGCUCGACAGACCUCCCCGGCAAGGUCCUGCGCAUCGUCCAGACGUACGCCCUCCGGAGCCAGUCCGACAUGGUCAAGAGGGCCCUGAGCAUCUACACUAUCAACUACGUCAUGACGCGGCACUUGACCUUCACCCCGCGCGGGCUCAACAAGCUGGUGCGCAUGGGCCUUGUGUCGCCGCACCACGCCGUCCAGACCCCCCGGCUGCUCGCGCGCCAGUUCAAGGCCGUCCUGGACGAGAUCAACCUGCGCGAGAUGCAGCUCAUCUUUGAGUCCUUUUCAAAGUCGCUCAAACCAAAGGUCCGCAAGGAGUGGGCCCCCUGCCUGGCUGCGUUCUUGGUCCUGACCCUCUUCAUGGAGGAGGUUGAGGUCUCGCUCGACGUCUUUGGCACGUCGCAGAACGAGAUCAGCAGCCUCCGCGGGGAUCUGCACCCGUUCGACCGCAGGGAGAUUCUCGACAUCAACGCCGAGAUCGAAAACAUGCCCUUCAAGCAGUUUGCCUACCAGUUUCACCAGAUCUACCAGACGCACUCCAACGACGCUUCAGCCCGGCCCUUCAACCCCCUCGUCGACGAUGGCCUGCUCAAUGAGCAGUUCAUGGACCAGCCUGCCAUCGACAUGGUCAGGGGCUUGAGAGAGAUACUGUGGGGUAUGGACACUGAAGCCGAGUUGGACUUCCUUGCCGAGCUAGAUAGCGACGUUUCCCACCCGUACCCUUCGGAUCUGUCGUGCAGGUAUUCCGGAAGGCUGAUGGCAAGGUUCUUGCUGUCCUUCAAUAACAUCCAGCGUCUGCUAGUCCGUUAG